AUGGCUGAAGCUGAAGUGGACAUCAGAGAGAAGUCGGCGGAGUUGGUGCUUAAAGUAAGAAUUCAGAGUCCCAAAGAAAAUGACUUCAUUGAAAUUGAGCUGCACAAACAAGAGCUGAGUUAUCAAAACCUACUAAAAGUGAGUUGCUGUGAACUGGGGAUUAAUCCAGAGCAAGUGGAGAAGAUAAGAAAGCUACCAAACACUCUGCUCAGGAAGGACAAAGAUAUUCGAAGACUACAGGAUUUUGAGGAAAUAGAACUCCUUUUAAUGAAAAAUGGAAGCUCUGAAUGGAUACAGUACACACCAUCUCUAGCUGAAAAGUCCUGCUACAAUAGUAAUGCUGCAAAAAUGACUUAUUAA